AUGGCCCGAAACAACUACCAAGACUUUGUCGAGCUCAACGUCUCUACCUGUGGCGCGACCGACGCAAACUGCGGAGGAUCGCCCUGCCACAGCUACGCGAGCGACGCCAGCUUGCGAGACGUUCAAUUCGAGCAUUCGGGCCGCGCGACCUAUGGAGACCUAGCCAGAGGCAAGCGCAAGCGCGGCUCGACCCAGGGGGUGAGCAAGGACAAGCGCAUCGAGUACGCCAAGCAGAUCCUGCAGCGAGAGAUGCUUCCGCACGUGGGCAGCCAGCCGUGCUGCUCCGGAGUCACUCCCCACUCACGGUCCACCAUCAAGAGGCAUGGUCCAACUCCCCUAGGCAUCCAGCCGUACUGCGAGACCAAGAAGGCCUACUUCGUCGGGUACAUCGUCCACAAGCUCCUCAUCCUGCGCUUCGCCCCUCGGCCGCCCCUCGGCCACACGUGCGCACCUGCUGCUGCAGGCCCGCUCCUCGGCCAGCUCUUCCGGCAGCUCUUCCGCAAGCUCUCCAAGGACGUGCAAAAGUACGGCCAAAAGUGCAUCGACAAGGGCCAGGACUUCUCGCCCGUCGCCGCCGUGCAGCACAAGACCAUCUCCAACGGACUCAAGUACGCCCUCGCCACGGGCACACACCUCGCCAGCAGAAGGGCGGGCCGUGCCCACGGGUCAGCUCUCACCCUCGGCUCCACCACUGAGAUAGGCAACUGGGGCCAGCAGAAGAGCGCGCCGGGCUCGAUCCGCGCCGGCGUCCUCAACCGGCUCACCUUCGCCUCGACCCUCUCGCACCUCCGGCGGCUCAACACGCCGAUCGGGAGAGAGGGCAAGCUUGCCAAGCCGCGCCAGCUGCACAACACGCACUGGGGCAUGGUUUGCCCUGCGGAGACGCCCGAAGGGCAGGCCGUCGGGCUGGUCAAGAACCUCUCUCUGAUGGCCUACAUCUCGGUCGGCUCCGCGCCCGAGCCCAUCCUCGAGUUCCUCGAGGAGUGGGCGACCGAGAACCUCGAGGAGAUCCAACCCUCCGCCAUCCCCGCCGCCACAAAGGUCUUCGUCAACGGCGCCUGGGUCGGCAUCCACCACCAGCCCGAUCAGCUCGUCAAGACGCUGCGCGCGAUGCGGCGCGGCGUCGACAUCUCGGCCGAGGUGUCCAUCGUGCGCGACAUCCAGGCGCGCGAGCUGCGCCUCUUCUCGGACGCGGGCCGGUGCUGCCGCCCGAUCCUGAUCGUCGAGGACCAGUCGCUGCUGCUCAAGAAGGAGCACAUCGACAAGCUGCGCGACAAGGAGGUGUCGCGCUUCAACUGGUCCGACUGCAUCGCCAACGGGCUCAUCGAGUACAUCGACACCGAGGAGGAGGAGACGGUGAUGAUCGCGAUGAACCUCUCCGACCUGCGCGCCGACAACCGGAUGUACCGCUACACGCACUGCGAGAUCCACCCCUCGAUGAUCCUCGGCAUCUGCGCGUCGAUCAUCCCCUUCCCGGACCACAACCAGUCGCCGCGCAACACGUACCAGUCCGCCAUGGGCAAGCAGGCCAUGGGCGUGUACAUCACCAACUACCAGCUGCGGAUGGACACGAUGGCCAACGUGCUCUACUACCCGCAAAAGCCGCUCGGCAUCACUCGCUCGAUGUCGUACCUCCACUUCCGCGAGCUGCCCGCCGGCAUCAACGCGACGGUGGCGAUCAUGUGCUACUCGGGCUACAACCAGGAGGACUCGGUCAUCUUCUCGCAGUCCUCGAUCGACCGCGGCUUCUUCCGCUCCGUCUUUUACCGCUGCUACCGCGACGAGGAGCGCAAGGUCUACUUCUCGGGCGACCGCGGCGGGCCAGAGAGCGGCCGCUCCGAAAAGUUCGAGCGGCCGUCGCGCGAGACGGACGGGCUCGUGCCGCCCGGCGUGCGCGUGUCGGGAGACGACAUCAUCAUCGGCAAGACGGCGCCCGUCGAGCCGCGCGCCGAGGAGCUGCAGGACGCCGGCGCGGCGCGCUACGAGAAGCGAGACGCCUCGACGCCGCUCCGGUCGUCGGAGGCUGGCUACGUCGACCAGGUGCUGCUCACGACCAACCAGGAGGGGCGAAAGUUCGUCAAGGUGCGGAUCCGCUCGGUGCGGGUGCCUCAGAUCGGCGACAAGUUCGCGUCGCGCCACGGCCAAAAGGGGACGAUCGGCAUCACCUACCGGCAGGAGGACAUGCCCUUCAACUGCGAGGGCAUCACGCCCGACAUCAUCGUCAACCCGCACGCGAUCCCCUCCCGCAUGACCAUCGGCCACUUGGUCGAGUGCCUCCUCUCCAAGGUCUCUUCUCUCACCGGCGACGAGGGCGACGCGACGCCCUUCGCCUCGGUCACCGUCGACGACAUCUCCAAGCUGCUGCAGAACUUCGGCUACCAGAAGCGCGGCUUCGAGGUGAUGUACAACGGCCACACCGGCAGGCGGCUCGAGCGGCUCGAGUCGUCCAUCUUCCUGGGCCCGACCUACUACCAGCGGCUCAAGCACAUGGUGGACGACAAGAUCCACUCGCGCGCGCGCGGGCCGGUGACGCUGCUCACCCGCCAGCCGAUGGAGGGCCGCGCGCGCGACGGCGGGCUGCGCUUCGGCGAGAUGGAGCGCGACUGCAUGAUCUCGCACGGCGUCGCCUCCAUCAUGAAGGAGCGGCUCUUCGAGUGCUCGGACCGCUUCCGCGUGCACGUGUGCGACAUCUGCGGCAUGGUCGCCAUCGCCAACCUCAACAAGGGGACCUUCGAGUGCCGCGGCUGCCGCAACAAGACGCGCAUCUCGCAGGUCUUCAUGCCGUACGCGUGCAAGCUCCUCUUCCAGGAGCUGAUGGCGAUGCAGAUCGCCCCGCGCAUGAUGGUCUGAGGGGGGCGGUCGCCUCGGGCAUGGCCAGAGGUGGGUAGGUGGGGGAGGCAGCUCGAGAGCUACGGUAGAGCUCCCCCCCCCCGUGCGCGGAAUCGAACCUUCGCCGCAUCCAUACUACAGGGUUCGCUUGUCUUUUUGCUGUCCCUGUCGCGUGUAAGAGUUUACGCUAUUGUCUAGCCUGAGACGGAGAGAGCGAGAGAGAGAGCUUGAGGAGGAGGUCUUACUUCAGUUGUCAAAA